GUAGUCCAAAAUUACCAAGUAUUGUAAAAGAUGCCCCUGUAAUUUCUUAGGAGGAGUGGUGAUCUGAAAUUUCAACAAUUUAUUUGUUCUUUCCCCCCGUUAAAUUGAUUGGGCAAGAUUGCCCUGUGUACAAUUCCUGUAAAUGAUGGAGCAUGAAGUCCAAUUUUGCAAUCCACAGAAUUUCACAAGAGCAAAGACAAACCAGUGCCUACUUCCUGGGUGAUACGGUUUCCUACUAUUUUUUUUGAUUGAUCGAAACAGAGUUCUGCCACCUUUCUUGGCUUCCUCACUUUUUUCAGAUCAAAUGAACUACUUCAGUUGAUCAUAGCAACGUAUUUCAUUCUGGUCUUAGCAAUGUAUCUGCUCCAGCUUUUUACUGCCCUGGUGGUGGGAACAUCUCUGGUGUGCGCAGCUGCUGCUGAUGCAAGCAGAUCUGAAGCAAACACAUGCACAGUAAUGGCAUGCGGCAAUCCAGGAUUAAAUGGCUUACCUGGCCGAGAUGGAAAGGACGGCACCAAAGGAGAGAAGGGAGACCAAGGGGUCGGACUGAAGGGCCAACAGGGAUACCCUGGAAAGGCUGGACCUCCAGGCCCAACAGGAAUGCAAGGACCUCCAGGUCAAAAAGGACAAAAGGGAGAAACAGCAGCUACUGACAGUCUUCAAAGGCGAGUGACUGCUCUGGAAAACAACUUACAGGCUCUUCAAGCUGAACUGAACAAAUCCAAAAAAUUGGUGUUACUACAGGGGUUGACAGUCGGACAGAAAACUUUCAUUUCAACUCACCAGCAGGAUACUUUCAGUAAUGGCAGAGCCCUGUGUGCGAAAGCUGGAGCAGCCGUGGCCUGCCCCAAGAACGCUGCUGAGAACACUGCCGUGCAAGAACUAGCAAAGAAGGACUCCAAGCCUGCUUUUCUUGAUAUAACCGAUACCCAGACAGAGGGCAGGUUUGUGUAUCCAAACGGAUCACCAGUAGGAUACACAAACUGGAAAAAAGGAGAGCCCAACAACUACAACGGAGUCGAGGAUUGCACUAUUAUCUUACAUGAAAACGCAGAAUGGAAUGACUACAACUGUAACUCAAAAUGGCUGAUCAUUUGUGAAUUAUGACCUGUUUACAAAAAGAGCAAUAUUUCAGGUUUCUUCAUGUUCUUUCACUAGGAAACAUUUUACAUUCCUGGCUAGAUGAUGGGUAUAAGAAAGUGAGGUUUCCUGGUACAACAAAACCAUCGUUUCCAUGGAGUAUGCCUAGGCUGCUUCUGCGGAGCAAAGGAUAUCCACAUUUUCCCUGCAGUUUUGUUCCCCCUGGGCCACCAUUUGCCCCCACAGGGCUUUGGGAUACAUUUUUUAAAAAACUAGCAACUGCUAGAUUGGUUAAGCAUUGUAAUGUACUGUCCCAACUGCCCUCAAGUCAUAGUUGACUUAUGGCAACCACUGGUGGGGUCUUCAUGGCAAGAGACUAACACAGGCGGUUUGCCAUUGCCUGCCUUUGCAACCCUGGUCUUCAUUGGAGGUCUCCUAUCCAAUUAUUAACCCAAGCUGACCCUGCUUAGCUUCUGAGAUCUGAUGAGAUCAGGCUCACCUGGACAAUCCAGGUCAGUGUUCUAAAUUACCUACUUCCUUUGAAUUCCCAGGUUUCAUUGAAAAAAAGAGUAAGACUCUAGCCCUUUUUGUUGUUGAUAAAAGCUGUACACCUUUCCCUUUUAUCUCCACAAACCUAGCUUGGUUUGGAAAAGACCACAGCAAAGCAGGGAAAACCCCUCUAAGUAGAUGAUUAGGAAACAUUGUGUAGAAGUGCCAAUGUUUCUUUUAUUCUGCCUGAUCAAAUGAGCAUUGAAAUAGCACAAAAAGCUGCUAAAUGCCAGAAUGAUUGAGAUGAAUGUGUACCACAAGGUAUUGCUGAUGAAAGCCUGAGAUUUCAAUAUACUUAAGAUAAGUUUUUUAAUAGCUUAUGAGUGUAUGGUUUUUGUUGUUCAUCUUUGUAAGCCAUCCUGAGCUUCUGGGAAGGAUGGGAUAAACAUAUUUUGAAUAAAUACGGUCCUCAUGCCACUUUUAACUCUGAAAAA